AUGAGAAUUCACAAUUUUUUAUGUUCUAAUAUAAAUUCAGGACAAGACAUGCCUCCUAUAGGCGGUUUUGCACCUAUUCAAUAUAAACGUAAUUUGCCUAUACGAGGACCAAGAAGUUCUAUAUUACUCAUUAGUGUCGCGUUUAUCUCUGUAUAUGGUUUUUAUAAGUAUAUUCAGGGUGUUUAUGAAAAAAGGGAAUUGAAACGUGAAAAUGUUUGGUCUCGGAUUCAUUUGAUACCAUUACUUCAGGUAGAAGCAGACAGAGACUUGUACCGAAGAAAACAAGCUAUGCGUCAAGUAGAAAACCAAAUUAUGGAAAAUAUACCAGGCUGGGACUCUGAACAACCUAUUUAUAACACAAAAACUGAUAUUACACCUACUUAUUCAUUUAUAUUCAAAUAA